GGUCAGCAAAGCAGCAAGAUGCUAUAAGCGUGAUUGGUUUUCUCUGGGCGGAACAAUUUAAAUGCUCUAGAUGGACAGAGCACCUAUGGUGUCCGUCUGUCUGCUUGGACUGGCUCUUAUCCUACUUUCCUUCUCUGAGCAUGCGUCAAUGGAUGCAGUUUCUCAGAACAACUCAGGGGUUUCAGAAACUGUGUAUCCAGGCUCUGUGUUUGUGAAGGAGGCUCUUCAGAGGGCGAUCAAGCUGACUGAUGCGGCUUAUGCACGCACAAGUGAAAGGGUGAAGAAGUCUCUGUCCGAAGGAGCUUUAAGACCCAAUGACCUGCUGGCUCAGUUUAAACAGACUGAAGCCAGAACCAGGACACAGAUCUGGGCUGCCGAACUGCUGGACAACACAGUGGAGCUGAUCAGAGAGAUGGUCUACACCCACACUAUGACGAUACCAAGUCCUCAUGAGCUUCUGAGUGAAGGAGAUGUGGAGAACCUGCUGCAGGCGACAGGCUGCUCCACUGAGCUUCAAAGACCCAGCUGUGACACUGACUGUCUAUCAAAUCGCUACAGAUCCCUCACAGGAGAGUGCAACAACAGAAGGCAUCCCAGAUGGGGGGCUGCAAACAUCCCUUACUCCCGCUGGCUGCCUCCAGAGUAUGAGGAUGAGUGGGGAAUGCCCAGAGGCUGGGAUCCAGAGCACACCUACCAUAACACCACUCUGCCUCCGGUGCGGCUGGUGUCUCAGGAGGUGCUGUUCACUCACAAUGACAACAUCUCUCUAGACUCCACAUUGUCCCACCUGCUGGUCGAGUGGGGUCAGUGGAUAGACCAUGACAUAGUGCUGACACCUCAAAGCCCCAGUACAGCUUCGUUCAGAAACGGAGCUGACUGCACACGCACCUGCAGUCGGGACACACCUUGCUUCCCCAUACAGAUCCCUCUAUCAGAUCCUCGCUAUGGCAUCCAGAGCUGUAUGCCUUUCUUCCGCUCUGCUCCCAGCUGUGUCUCUGGAAUCUUAUCUCACCGCCAGCGAGAGCAGCUCAACGCCAUCACCUCCUUUGUAGAUGCAAGCAUGGUGUAUGGCAGCUCCACCAGCCUGGCUUCGGCUCUGAGAAACAACUCCUCUCCUCUGGGCAUGAUGGCCCAUAACUCCCAGCACUUGGACCAGGAGCUCGCCUACAUGCCAUUCCUGCCUCGCCUGCAGGCUCACCUGGACCCAUGUGGCCCUCGAAACUCCACCACUUCAGGGGAGUGGGACAGAUCGACGCAUCAGAAGAAUACCACAUCCUGCUUUCAUGCUGGGGAUUCAAGAGCCAAUGAGCAUCUGGGAAUGAUCGCCCUGCACACGCUGUUUCUGAGAGAGCACAACCGGUUGGUAAAAGAGCUGCACCUGCUCAACCCUCACUGGAGUCCUGACACCCUUUAUCAGGAAGCCCGCAAGAUUUUGGGAGCCAUUCAUCAGAUCCUAACUUGGAACCACUACUUACCGCUGGUCCUCGGUGAGAUCACCAUGCCUCAUCUGAUGCCACCCUAUGAGGGUUACAAUCCCGAGGUGGAUCCCAGCAUUGCUAACGCCUUUGCGGCUGCUGCAUUUCGAUUUGCCCAUGUGACAGUGCAUCCUGUUGUAAACAGGCUGGGACCAGGAUACACUACUGACUCCCAACAUGCCCCGCUGCCUCUGCACCACUCACUGUUUGCUUCUUGGAGGGUUAUACAGGAAGGUGGUAUAGACCCUGUCCUGCGCGGCCUGUUGCUGUCUCCCGCCAAACUGCAGACACCAGGUCAAAUGAUGGUGGAGGAGCUGACAGAAAGGCUGUUUCAGGCACAAGGCGGGAUGCCUCUGGACCUCGGGGCCCUUAACCUUCAGAGAGGCCGCGAUCACGGCCUGCCAGGAUACUGCUCAUGGAGAAAGUUCUGCAGCCUCUCUGUUCCCAACACUACAUCUGAACUGGCUGAAAUUUUGAGUAACUUCACCUUGGCUCACAAACUCCAGCUCCUGUAUGGGACACCACACAAUAUUGAUGUGUGGGUAGGGGCCAUCUCUGAGCCCGCUCUACCUGGAGGUCGAGUCGGCCCACUGCUGUCCUGCCUGCUGGCGAGACAAUUCAGAGCACUGAGGGACGGGGACAGGUUUUGGUGGGAGAGGGAAGGCUUGUUCACCAGCACCCAGAGGAGACACCUCCACUCCGUUUCUCUGUCCCGCAUCAUUUGUGACAACAGCCACAUCACUCACGUCCCUGCUGACCCGUUCUCACGUACGGAGAGACCAGAGGACAUGCUGGCCUGUUCACACCCGCUCAUCUCCAAACUCGACAUCAGCCCAUGGAAAGAACCUGACACAGACCCCAGCUGUGGGCCCAUUCCCAGGAUUCAAUCCGGCUACUCUCUCCUCUGUGACUCGGCGAUUUUGUACCAGUGUCGCGCUGGCUUCAAACUGUUGGGAUCUUCAUCUGUCAAGUGUGAUCUUAACAGCCAGCAGUGGAGCCCCAAACCCCCCACAUGUGAAGAUAUUAAUGAAUGUGAAGAACAAAGUUCUCUUUGCCAACAAAACCUGGAGUGCCUCAACACACCAGGCUCCUUCAUCUGCUCAGAGCCCUUCUCGCAGUCAGCUGUCUCUGUGGUCACCGCAGUGAUCGUAGUGAUCGGUGGUGUGGCUGUGCUGCUGCUGAUCAUGUUCUGUUAUCGAAGAUACUUCCCAAAGAAAGAAGAGUUAAUAAAUGCAGCGUGUUGUCAGGGGCAAAGUUAAUUUGGUCCACUUUUGUUGAAAUGUUCUCGAGUUAAGUGAAUAUAUCUAACUGUCUUCAGUAUAUUUCCUUCUUAUAAUGGUUAUAUGUGGACAUCUUUCAAACUGUCUAUAGUGGUGGAAUAUUUUGUUUAUACCACGCUGUAGAAAACUAUUUUAUAUUAAAUGUAUCCAUGUGGUUUCCUGCUCA